AUGCCUAUUUUCGUCCCCGUUCAGUGCGAGAUUACUCCCCUACCUCGCCUCAGCAAACGCUCCACCCUCUCCGAACCCAUGUUGGACCGAAAGGUCGCCCACUCCCAAGCCUGGUUCGAAGCCAUGUUGAUCGUCCAAGGCCAACUCGCCCAAGGAACACACCCCGAAAUCCUCGAACGCCGAAUCAAAGAAGAACUGAACCGCUAUACCUUCGUCGGAAUCCCAACCCUCGGCGAUUAUGAGGAGUUCUGCCCGGUCCAAAUCGAACGAUUGGAAUUCGAGAUCAUGAUGUACUAUCGCUUCAACGAGUUUGACUCGGUGCUUCAUAUUGUAAGCGAUGCAGACUCUAUGAAGGCAAUCAACGACUUGCCGGAACGCGAUUUCAAAGGUUUACGAGCCAUUUGGAAGUCCGUGUCACAAGAGAUCGAGAACAAGUACAUGGGCAAGUCGCAAUUCAUUGGCUAUACUUCAUUUUCUGACAUGUUCGAUAGAAAAUCGGGAGACCCUCAUCGAACUGAAGAAGGAGGAAGCUCGUGCUCGAGCUCCUUUGCUGAACAGGGUUUCGGAACUUUGAAGAGACGCAAGACCUGCAAGCUUCAAGGGUGGUGUAUUGUCGUCAUUUGGUCACACUUCGCACAGCUACUGGUAUCUCUCAAUGGGAUUUGGGUUUUGUACAUUACGUUCUUGGGAUAA